AUGGGUCAAAUAGCCAAAAAGUUGAAUGAGCAACCUCAAGGCUUCCUACCAAGUAACACAGUGACAAAUCCACGUGAACAAGUAAAUGCAAUAACUUUAAGAAGUGGAAUAGUCUUGGAAGAGGUUGAACAAAAAGGGAAAGAUGAGAACCCACCAAAAGAAAAGGAAGAGUCCGAUGAAGAAAUCGAGGAAGAAAUCAUUGUUGAGGAGAAGCCAACAAGUCCUAUAAAAGAAGAAUCAAAGAGGGAAAAGAUGCCAAAGCAAAAGAAGGAAAAAUUGCCAUUUCCUGAGAUACCGCCGAAGUUGGCACAUCAUACCCCUCCUGUUCCUUUUCCUCAAAGGCUUAGAAAACAAAAUCAGGAUAAGCAAUUCACGAAAUUCCUUGAUAUGUCAAGCUAUGCCAAGUUCCUUAAGGAAAUUUUGUCAAACAAAAGAAAGUUGGAAGAGGAAGAAAUAGUGAUGCUUACAGAAGAGUGCAGUUCUAGUAUUAAUCUAAUGCAUUUUUCUAGUUUCAGGAAACUAGAGAUUAGUGAAGUGAAGCCUACAACCAUAUCCUUGCAGCUUGCAGAUAGAUCCAUCAAGCAUCCAAGGGGCAUUAUUGAAGAUGUACUAGUUAAAGUGGAUAAAUUUAUAUUUUCGGCAGACUUUUUUGUGUUGGAUAUGAAAGAAGACAAGGAGAUACCUCUCAUCUUGGGACGACCAUUUCUUGCUACUAGAAGAGCCUUAAUUGAUGUACAAGAGAGGAAGUUGAUCAUGAGGCUACAAGGCGAAGAAGUGACAUUCAACGUCCUUGAGACUCAAAAAUUUCCAUCGAAGCAAGAAUCAUGUUUCAAAAUUGACUUGGUGGAUCAGUCGGCAAUUAAAACUUCCAAGCUUAAUGAUUCUAAAUCGCCAUUUAAGCAAUGCAUGGUCAAGUCGGAGCAAAUUGAAGAUGAAGAUCAUAAACCAAAAGUUUACACAACAUACCUAGACGAGCCACAAUCGAGCAAAUGUCUUCACAAGGGACAGAUUUGUAAAGAUUUAGGUAUAAGAUCAUGCAAGACGAAAGUGGGGCUAAAAACGAAUGCUAACCGAGAGAUCACUUCAACACCUUCUCAGUUCAAGAAUGCUGAUGGAAAGUUAAAAUAUCGAAAAGGUGUCGAUGAGAAUGCUCGAAUCCUAAAACGAAAGACUUGA